CCAGCAAGAGUGUUUUUUUUUUGAACAGGAGAGAAGAAAGAAGAGGAGGAAGACGAAAUAUGUGCAUAUCUGCCUGGAUUUGGCUAGAUCAUCCAAAGUAUUCGCUUCUUCUCUUGUCCAAUCGGGACGAGUCCCAUGACAGGCCUACAAGGCCAGUGGAGUGGUGGGAGGGCGAUGAGAAGAUUUUGGGAGGUAGAGAUGAGGUAGCUGGAGGAACAUGGAUGGGAUGUACAAGAAAUGGAAGAAUUGCUUUCCUUACCAAUUUUAGGGAACCGGAACCUUCUUCUACGGCAAAAAGUAGGGGAUAUUUGACUCUUGGAUUCUUGCAGAGCCACAUGAGUCCUUUGGAAUAUGCAGAGGACAUAGCUAAAGAAGCAACUGAAUACAAUGGUUUCAACCUAAUAUUAGCUGAUAUCCACUCAAAAGUCAUGGUUUAUAUUUCAAAUAGACCAGUGGGUGAGCCUGCUUCAGUUCAGAUUGUCUCUCCAGGUCUUCAUGUGCUCUCUAAUGCAAAGUUGGACACUCCUUGGCCCAAGGCCUUGCGGCUCCAUGAGAACUUUAACAAACUUCUACGAAGAUACGGUGAAGAACAAAUCCCGGAGAAAGAGAUAGUGUUGAAGCUUAUGAGUGACGAUGUUAAAGCCGAUUUAAAUAGAUUGCCUGACACCGGUUGCGAACCUGAGUGGGAGUUCAAUUUGAGUUCCAUCUUUGUUGAUACUGAGAGCAAUAAGGGUCGAUAUGGAACUCGAAGCAUGGUUGCGCUAUCUGUGAUAUCGAAUGGGGAGGUGAGCUUUUAUGAGAGAUAUUUGGAUGUAAAUGAUGGUGAGUGGAGAGAUCACACCGUGGAAUUUCGGAUGGAUGAUGUGCUGCAAAAGGAAGAUUAAGAUCUUUCUCAGAAAACUAUUGGGUUGCAUUCCCCGCAGCUGCAUAUGCUCCUUGUCAACACUUAGAGGAAGUCUGUCGGCGCCGCACCAUCACCACUAAGAGGCGAGCCUGUCUCCCAUGACAUCCAGCAAUCAUAUGAGCACAAUUUAUAUAUUUUUUGAUCAGUUAUUUUAUUUUAUUUUGUAAUUUUUCUGCAUUUAGAACAUUUUGAUGAUCAUGACGAUGGAUUGGCUAUUAUUUCUUUCAAAAUUUGUGGCCUGAAUUAUGUUGGACAUUGGCCAAAAAGUUUGUGGUGAAUGUGUGUGUGUGUUGAGAAAUGUAUUCGGUUCUUUCUUCCGUCUCUAUUUGUAGGGUCUCUAAAAUUGACCCGACAUGUGAAUUUAACCUGAACUUGAAUAAUUUUCAAGCUCAAUUUGUGGUGUAUGUGUGGUGUAAAGUAUUCUUGUUUUUCA